AUGGAGAACUCAGAAGAAAUGGAGGAGGAGAGAAAGGCUCUCGAUGUGGCAUUGUACAAACAGGUAAGUAAGCAAACUGUUCAGAAAGGCUGAUAUUGGUUUUAAAGGCCUAAGAUGGGUAAAUUAUACCAUUCAGAAACGUAGUUUCAGUAUAAUUGAGUUAGUUGAAUAAAGGGAAGUUUGCUCUGGCUCAACACGGAAACAUGUCGGACCAUCACCAUUUCCUUGGCCUACCUGUUCAGAGGAUAAGAGGUCAGAUGUUUUUUCUCUCAGUUCAUAGAAAAUUGGUGUUUUUUUGUUCCAAAGGUAAAUUUUCAGUCUAUGGGUUUAUAAAUUUAACUCACCAUGACUUUGUCAUUGGUUUAUUUGAAGAUUAUCUUCCUGAAAACAUCUGAAUAUUUAUUCUUUUUUUGUUUGUUUGUUUGUUUGUUAUGUGCUUAUAAAUUACAACAAAGAUGUGUUGUGCUGUUUUAGUUCUUUAACUGUCAGAUGAAAUGUUCAGAAUGUUUUCCUGUAGCUACUUCUGUACUUCUGUUUCCUGUUGUGUUCGCCUCUGACUGUAGUAAAAUACUGUCACUGUGGCCUGCAGCAUGCAGUAGUUUUGUAGGAUCACAGAGCUUCACUAACCCUGAGAAGUAAAACUAAAAGAAGUUAAAGACGAGUUUCUGCGUUUAUAUUAGAAUGAAAAAGGGAAACAGGUUAAAGGUAUAAACUCUAGUGUUUCUGCUUUAAAAAGGUUUAAUAUUGUGUGUUCUGGAUGUUUUGUACAGUAUAACACUGUCUGAUCAGUCUGCUACUCUUAAGCUUUCAUUACAGUGUUCAUGUCAUUGAAUACUGAGGAAAAUGAGCAGUAAGACCUCUAUGUGUUUGUUUUUGCAGAAACAUGAAAAAUUGGAGACAGUAGUCCACAGAAAGUCUAUGAAGAAGCGUGUUGAUCUUCUGAAGCACCUAGAACAGUAAGUCAUUAAAUGUGAACUUGAAUAACAGUUAUUGAUUCAAGACAAUGUUGCAAAAACACACAAUGUUUUUUUUUUCUGUUUUUGAACUUUUUUUCCUUUUAACUGCUUCCAUUUUGUCUUAUUACAGUGACACUCAUUACUGGUAACACUGAGUUCGUCCAACAGGAGAUAAACAAUUAAAACAGUUUAAUUAAGUUUAGUUUAUUUGUUUGCUCCAUAUUUAAAAAAAGGGAAACACAGUCGAUGAAUAAUUAACAACAGAGUGCAUGGAAGCCUGACGGCUUAUACAAAGUCCUCUCUCGUCUGAAAUGAACAUGAACGGUGAAUCACAGAGUAGGGGAUAAAAACAGCAAAUCCGAUAAUAAUAAAACUAAAUACAUUUAAGGAUUACAAAUAAAAACAUGGAAAAAAAAUAAGAAAAAGUAAAAAAUAAGAGAGUCAAUGUAAGUAGCAGAUCCGAUUACCGAUUAUUUUAAAAAUCUGCUGAUUAAAGCAGAUUUUUUAAUUUUUUUUAUGAAGUUAUAAAAAUAUAUAUAUACUGUAGACAUAUACAGUAUACUAUAUACUGUAGAUAUACUGUAGGCUACUGCUCUUCACGCAAACAGGAAGACCGACUGAUCAAAUUCGGACCAGAAAAGCAGUUGAACUAAAACUUUUUGACUUAUUGUGUAUUUCACAAACUGGUUUAUUUACCGUUGAGGCGGACCACUCUCCUCCGUGCGUCCCUGAGCUGCCUGCUUCAGAUCCGUCACUCUGCUGUGCUGUGAGUAGAUGAAGAUCGUCAUGAGGUCGCUGUAGCGCCAUCUACAGGAUAAGUCAGGGAACUUCUCAAAUGUCGGAACAUUUUCGAAGUGAAACCGAAUCUUAGUCUCCGCAUUUUAUCUCUGAAAAUAUCGGUGAAAAUCUGCAAGUUUUGGCUGAUUAAUGAUAAGUCUCAGACGGGGUAAAAUUGGCCGAUUUAAUCGGCUCGCCAAUAAAUCAGUUGGGCCCUGAUAAAAAGACAGGUCAAGAGUUGGAGUGAGAAAUCUGAAAAAUUUCUUCCAUAUGUUGAGCAGCUUAGAAAGUUUGGAAGAACAGGAAGAACCCCAGACAAUGUUACAAUAAUUAAGAUAAGGAAAUAUCAAACUAAUAUAUCGUUAGAUGGGAAGAUGGAUGAAUAGAUUUAUAAACUUUUAACAAAAUACCAAGCAUUUUCAAAGGUCUUCUGCAGAAAAAGUUUUUUUUUAAAAUAUUUUUCCGAGUUAAAUUCUCAAUUCAUUCAAUGAGCUUCCAUUUAGAAUGACUAUUUGCUUUCUUUUCUCAUAUUAAUUGGAUAACUAUAGAAGGGUUACAUCCUGGAUCCCAUAUCUGUUGAGUUAGGGGAUUAAGAUCGAAUGGUUGACUGUAUCAAAUUCUCAGGAUAGAUCUAAAAACACACCAAGAGCAAAUUUUAUUUUAUUUAGAGCAGUGAAGAUGUUACUGAUGAGAUGUAGUAAUGCAUGCUCUGAAGAGUACUUCCUUUUAAAGCCAUAUUGAUGGUUAUACAAAAUGUUAUUCACAGUUAAAAGAUUCUUGUGUACACUAGUCUCUCUAGGACUUUUGAGAAACAGGAGGGAACAGAUAUUGGGCAAUAAUUACCAAAUUUUCAUGUCUGGCUUUAAUUUAAUUUUUAAUGUCAGUGAUCUUUUUAAGUUAUAAAGUUCAGAGACAACCUUCCCUCAUGAAAACGCCAUAACAAACAUCCAAAUGUUUCAGAUUUGAUUCAUAUUUCAUGACAUAAUAACUUUGAUUAUCUCUUUUGGUUUAUUUCUUGACAUGAAUCCUGCUAAUUGUUAAUUUAAUGAUGAGGAAUAACCAUGAUGGUGGGCUUUUGUUGCAGAGAUGACUCGACCUCCACGUCAAGUAUGAAGGAAACAGAGAUGAACUUGGCAUAUGAGGUUGAUUCAGGUUUCUGCUCUGCAACAACGUGAGUGAUUUUAAAAAGGUUGAUUACAAACACACAGAACUGUGAUUUCAAAACCAAGGUACAGACCAAACCAUGACUUUGGUGAACUGCUACACCCCUACUGUCCAGACAAACAUCUACAGAAUAACCUCAAAGGUACUGCAGACUCCAGGGACCUGCAGAGAGCAAAGUCGAGCCCAACAAAUAACAAGAUGGUCAUAUUAAGUUAACCUGUAAUUAUACUCUCUCCUUUCUCUUUCAAACACGUUAUUUUUGUGCUGCAGUCCAAGAUGCAUGUUUAAAGAGAAAAUGAAAAGAGAGAGAGCAGAAAGGCAUGAAGCAGCCAUUACUGAUCACCUCCCAAACUCUAUGAGAGUAAAAUAAUUUUAUUCUUCAAACAGCAAAUGAACAAAGUUGUGAACAUAAAUUUAGCUGUAGAGAUUUAAUGUCACUUUGACAUUUUCAUGGAUUUCAGUAUUGUUUAUAUUGUGAAUACGUCCUGAAACAUCUACCCUCAAAAAUUGUUCCAUUUGAAUAACAGCGUCUGUUAAAUGACACUGAAACAUUUUGGUCCAGGAUCAUAUUUUUUACAGUGGAGUUUGAUUUUCAUGUUUAAAGCCGGGUCAGUUAUUCAACGAGAACAAAAAUGGACCUUUACUAGACUGAUACUCUUUGGUAGUUUGUCCAGCUUUGUGGUGGUUUCAUCACUUUCAUCUCUUCCUCUUUUUCUACCAAGCUCACCUGCACGCAGUGAAUUCUCAGGUCUGUCACGUUUGUCCUUCAAGAGUAACAGAUCACAAGACUUCAUACUCACCUUCAGGUAGGAGUUAACCCUGACCAAAAUGAGUUUUCUCUGGACUGAUCCUGCUCUGUGGGUUUUGUCCAGCAGUCGUGGACCUAAAUCUUAAUGAGCUUCUCUUCUCUAAACUCAUCUCUAGCAGCCGGUGCACCUCAUCUGGAUCGGCCUCUCAGAGCGAUCGCUCGAAAGAUGUGACAACCGAUUCUAAGAGGGCAGAAACACACUCUCCGCAGUAAGUCUCUCACAAACACAGAGAGACAGUUUGAGUUAAAUAUGAACUCUUAAUUAAAAGAGUUUAAAGUGAUCCUGAGUUGUUUCUCUAAACUGAACAGCAAGGACCUGCACUCAUCUUUCGUCGUCUGUCCCUCUCUGCUCUUUGUAGAUACUCAAUUCUGAUUGGCUGGAGCAUUUCCAUUAACUAAAUAUAUUAAACCUCUCAAGUCGUUGCAGUGAAAGAUCAGUUUUCAAAUCAGUGUGAAACAGCCUAGGAUGAGUGACCAUAAUAACAGCCCCAAACUCUGCCAGAAGAAAGGAAGUUAUUCUAUACUCUGUUGGGUUUGCUGUUAAUGUUGAAUUUAGUUCUGAUUAAGUGACUUUCUUGUUGUAGGGAUGGAAACAUGGACAAAAAGAAAAUGGAGCGAACAGCGAAAUGGUGUGAAGCAGCUGGUAACACUCUGAUCCAACAAAAGCCGUAAGCAAAAUGACAUUUAUUCUUAUUAAACUUAUUGUAAAGUGUGAAAAACAUUCAUUCACGCAUUUUUAAAGGGAUUGUUGAUGCCAUAUGUGGUCAAUUGGAGGCGUUCCUGAAUGCAAAUAACCCUAACCAUGCACGAGCACGGUAGUAAAGAACAGGUGGGAUUUAUCAUCACCGAUUACUUAUGUGUGUGUGCGUACGACUGGUGUCCGCACGUUUGAUAAAUGCAGAUUUUUUUGUACUUACGCACAUUCUGAAUUUCACUCCUACGCCAGAAUUUAGAACCUUUUCUACGCACGUUUGAUAAAUAAGGCCCCAGAUCUCUAGUUUUUUGUGAACCUCUGGUCGGCCACCUCUUCCUCAUAUUCAGCCUCUGUUUAAGUUUAGUUUCAUCUUUAAAGUGUUCAGAGCUUUGAACCCUGUUACACUGAUCUGUUCUCUUACAAAUCCAGUGUAAUUCAAGGACAAAGCCUUUUCUCCUGGUGUGUUUGAAUAACUUUAAAAUGUUGGACACUUUGCAGAUUUUAGAUCCAGUGUUUCAUUUGCAAUUGUCUUUGUUUCUUCUUUGUUCCUCUUCCAGAAAGUUUUGUUGUUGUUGUUUUUAAAUACUGUGAAUACAUGAGUCACAAAAACCACAGGAGUAGGUUUUGAUAAAUCCUUGGAUCAGACCCACCCUUGCCUUAGAACAAGGGUGGGUAUGUGCUGUCAGUCAUUAUUAUUGUUUAUAGGUUUGUUUCAAGGCUGUCAGCUUUAAUAUGUAACUUUGUAAUGUUAUUUAUUUUAGUUUUAAUGUCCAUGUUAGACAAAAUUUUGCAGCUUUUUGCGAAAAUAAGAUGAGUUAAAUUCCCUAACUGAGUAAAUAUGUGGGCCUUCACAAAACUCCUAUUUUCCUAUCGUGAUCUAUUAGUUAUAUACAGUGAGAUUUUGAGGGGAAGGGUAAAGGUACCACCUGGCUACCAACUAUAGACACAAAUACAUUUACAUGUGUCAGUCUGUUUUUAUGGAGUCUGAAACAAUCAAAAUCAAGUAAUUAAUGUCGUCUUAUGAAUGAGAAGAAGGCUUGGUCAUAGAUGUGAGUGUGCAUGAUUUGUGUUGUGUAUAGUCUAAUCAGGUUGCUUUCAUGCUGAUGUAGUGGUUUUGUAACUGUGCUGAUCAUUCGCCGCAGGGAGGACCCGACCUCCUCCUCAAAUAAGGAGGAUGUUGUAGCAGCCGGAGGUCAUCCUGAAUCCUUUUCUGGCUUUGUGCGUCUCUUAGUCUCCUCACAUUCUUUCAUUUACAUCUUCACCCAUCAUGAUAAACCUGACCUGCUGUCAUCAAAACACCAUUCUCACCGUCUUUCCCUUUAAAUAAUCUGCUUUAGUGUUCAUGUAAACAGUUUCUCUUCCCUGUUGGUCUCCCUCUCUUCUUGACCAGAUCAAUUGAAAGCCGAACAACCAUCCAGUCCUUCGAAAGUGACAGGUCAAAAGACGAUACCAUUGAUUUCAAAGACAGUCAGCUAGAUCUGGGGUAAGUUGCUCUUAAAUUUAUCCAUUUUUACCUGGUUUAACUGACUGUAGUGGGAGUGGAUGGGCUAAACCUGUGCUUUGUGAUAUCAAAUUAUAUGGUUGUUAAAAUUAUGUGGUUGUUGGACAUGGAAAAAUGUAUGUUGGUUUUUAUCUUUCUUCCAGAGUCACUCCUCCAAGUUCAGCUCUUAUGGCCCCUUUGUCUCCUAAAGAGAAGUAAGCUUCCUAAAGUUAACGCUGCCUUGUUGAAGGAGCGUCCUGUAGAGUCAAAUAUGACAUCCUUAAUUAUACACAGUCCAUAACUUUAUCUUGUACUUAAAAUCAAAUCACUUCCUUUAUUGUUGCGGUAAUCCCUGCAGUAAUCAUUUCUCAUUGCAGGUUUCAGAAUUUCUUCAGAAAUCUUGGCUUCAAAAGGAAUCGAUGAAACAUCUAAUUUUCCACCUCAGUGUUUUCAUAAACAACGGGAUGGUUCGAAUUAUUAUAGCCACUCGAGUCCACUGAUACAGUGUUAAUAUAGUUUUGAAUGUGCAUCACAGUCCUGUAAAAACAAGGUUAAAAUGAUCAUAACAUCUGAACACAGCAUUAUGUUUCCAUGACAUAUAAUACUGCACCACUGAGCAUCAACCUUCAUUUUUGAAAAAGCUGCAGUUCCUUGAGUCCCCACUAGAGGCUGUUUCAGAAAGAAAACAAAGACCUGAUACAGCACAUAAUAAAACGCCCAAUCUUCACAGCAGGGAUUAACACAUAGUUGUCAAGUCUCCCGUUUUGGCCGAGAAACUACCGUAUUUUUCCCCUCUUCCCCAACGUCUUCCUGUAUUAGCAUUCUCCUUGAAAUCUCCCGUAUUAUUAAAUAUGUAUAUAAAACAUUCUGCCUCUCCAAACUGAACUCUGUGACUAGCGCUUGUUACGUACCCACCAACUCGUAGUAGUGAGUAGUCAUCUGAGAAUCACACAGACGAUAAACUAACCCGAUAAUUUCCCUUAUUUACAGAACAAAAACUUGACAGGUAUGGAUUAACAUGUUUACAGCUAUUUCAAUGUAAAUCAACUAUUUUUAUAUUAUCAAUUUAUAGAGAGAAGUGAAUUUUUGUGUACUGUAAAUCCCCUAAAAUAAGAUAAGAUAUUCCUUUAUUAGUCCCACAGGGGGAAAUUCCAAAUAAAUGGACCGGGUCCUGUGUUUGCCUCUGCUCUCCAGGAUACCAGGCCUUUAAACGAAGCAGGCUUGUAUUAUAGGCGGGCCUUUCUUUUAUCUUCUCUGAGGCUGAGAACUGUAAUUGUUCAUAUUAAAGUACAAAGUCGGAGCCUUGUUAACUAAAGACUUGCAUGACUUUUGAGUGAAUGAGUGAAAAAGACAUGAAGCACACGCCCACUUUAUUUCCAAAAUCACUCUCCUGCUGUAUCAAAGACAAGAAACUAAGACCAUAAAAAACAGACAAAGCUUAAAUGAGGUCAGGUUAUUCCUUUCUUGUGUUUCCAGUGAGUCAUUUUUUGUAAAAAGGAGUCUCCCCCUGCUGGCCAUGGAAAAGAAGGACAGGUUAUAGGCGUCUCACUUUUGAAUCUUAAAAGGAAACAUCCACUGCAGAUACAGAUCAAAUUGCUGUUUUCAUAAAUUUCCAGCUAAAACAGCUAAAAGAUAUGUACAUUGUUUAUUUUGAUGAAAUUGCACUCGUGUUUACUUUUCUUUUGUUUACUUUGGUGAGAGUAAGUUCUGAAGUUUCUGAAAUAUAUUUACAUUUUCAUUGUGUGAAGAGAACAAAAGAUUUAAAAAAGAAAAUUUAACUAGAAUGGAACUGUGCUACUCACCUUUUUAAUGUCUUAUUGCUGUAAUCUGAAUUUAAUAUGAUUUUGUUUCAUUUUAUUCAUUUUUUAUUUGUCAAAGUUACAGAAAAGAAAAUGUAAUUUAUUUGUGGUGUUGUUUAAUUCUUUUGUAAAGAGUGUAUCUUUGUUCGCAGACAUGUAUAUUUUUCUUGUUCUGUUAUAAAAGCAUCUUAAUGAACUAUGCGACUGUCUUAAUCUCGUUGAUAUCCCUGGGUCAUUUCAUUUUAUUCAAGUCUAUUAGGUGCUGGAUUUACAGCAGCUGUUUUUGUCAUCAUAUCAAGUUCAUCAUCUGGUUUCAUUUUGAUAUACUCAUUUUUGACAGCUGGCUGUAAAUGUCACACCUUCUCGCUUCAACCAAACCCCGUAAAGACCAAAGUCCUCUAAGUUAUUAAAGCUUGUGAGAGACUUUACUUUUCACUUUUCCUCAGCAGAGACGCUGUGUUUCUCACAGACAGGUAAUACAGCUUUGCAUUUAUAAAACUUAAUCAUAACAAAUUUUUUUUUUUUCAGGACUUGUGUAUCAGAGCUGAGUUUUUUUGGUCUUCAUAUAUACCUGAAAUGAUCAUAUUAUGACUUUUCUGUAAGUUUGGGUUUGGGUUUACCAGCUGAAUAGUUUCGUUUGUCUUUCUCUUGUGACGCAGUUUUUUUUCACCAUCUUAAACUAUUUUUAACAGGAGUUAACAUAUCCAAAAACAUCCUUUGGUGUAACCUGUUUGUAGUUUCAUCUUGAAAAUCAAACAUCAGAAAUGACAUUGGUUAAAAAACAAUAAUAUUAGAUAACAACACAGGGGUAUACAGUGACUGGAAUUUACAAAAGACACUGACAGGCUUUCCUUUUUUUAGAUUUAGACCGAUAGUUAAAAAACGAUUUCAUAAAGUCUAACAUGUAAGAGUGUUCGAAGGUUUCUUGAUUGCCCCAAUGUGAGGUUUGGAAUUUUUUAUGGAGUGGUUCUUAUCUUUAUUGCUUUAUGACAAGAAACAGGGAGAAGAGUUUGUAUCAUAGUUCAAGAUCAGAACAAUGUUGGCACAUAUCCCCAUGUUUUCUGGGCAUGUGCUCGGGGGGGAAAGGAGUAUGCUUUGGGUCAGGGGAGAGGAGUGGGUUUUAGGAUUACCACAUCAAUUAAGUUUACACACAGAAACCAUGAUGAUGUGACUCAGCUCUGUACUGUCUGGUCAUUUCCUGGUCGACGUACUUGGGUGUGCGUCCAACAAUGAAAACACUGUCACUUGGACAGCUGUGUAGUGUUUGUGAGAUAUGAAAGUUUUGUCUUUUCUAGUUUACAAAAAUCUUAUAGGUCUCAUGUACUAUUCACGUUUGUGCUAUUCAACUUCUGGGUUAAAUGUGAACCAGGUUGACAGAAACACUCUUUGUUAGGACUGGAGUUGGACGAGAUGAGACUCUAAAAGUGUUUUGUAACUGUCUAAUAUUUUAUGAAAACAGAAAUUACUCAUCUUCUCUUUUGGCUUAUUUCCAAUUUCAUGAUAAAUAAAGAAAUGACUUGAACUACCCCUUUGAAAAGAUGGAGGUGAGGAUGAUGGGGUUUGAUGGCAGGAUGUGGAGCAGAGUGGUGGAGCUUGAAAAUGCUGCAGUUUGGACCAGGGAAUAAGGAGAGGAUGAGGGAGCCUGUACCAAGGAUGGGGGGAAAGAUGACAGGGUUUGAACCAGGGAAUGAGGAGAGGAUGAAACAGCUUGAAGAUAGGAUGGAGGGAAAGAAGAAGUUUAUUACGCUAAACAUGUCGUAUCUACACCCUUUGUUGGAUUCUUCUGUUAUGAAUAAAAUCAAGUGUUUAUACAUUUGUGGUGUCUGUGUCAUGGUGCUGGGUGGGUGGGGGUCUGUGUUUGAUUUCUGCCAUGUUAAUGACAAAAGAAAGUGCCUCUAGGAGUUUUAGAUGGAUGCAAGAAGUUUAUUUCAGUUUCACAUGUUUCUGAGUAAUUCUUAUAACCAUCUACAACUCAACAAGCUGACUGUAAAAGAGCUGAGACAAGAAAACAUGAAAAACAGUUUAGGCUGUGUGGAAAAAUGAGGAAAGUCUGUUUGUAUUGUUAUUAUAUUAAACACAGUCUCAUUUUAGAGGAACAAAAACUGCUCUUUAUCGCAGGAGUUUGUUCAUGACUCUCUCUGUUGUAACUUGGUUUAUAUAUCUGUCCCUUUAAGAGUAAAGUAGGAAGAGUCAAAACACCUGACAGGUAAACUUUCAAUUUGAAUUUGUCAGUUUGUGUGGGAGUUUAUUUUCUACCAUCUGCAGGUCUGUAGUCCCUCACUGUAAAAUACUUUAACCUUUUUCUUAUCAGAUAUAUUUCAUUUCAGCUUUACUCUUUGUUUGGUUGUAGAAGACGAGGCAGAAAUCUGAAGAGGUUUGUGGAGAACUCAGAAGAAAUGGAGAAGAAGGGAUAGAAUUGCCUUGAGGCCGUCAGGACAAACCUCGCUGCCAUAAACGACUCACUCCAACAUGUAAGUAAGCAAACUGUUUAGAAAGGGUGAUAUUGGUUUUGAAGGCCUAAGAUGGGUAAAUUAUACUAUUCAGAAACGUAGUUUCAGUUUAAUUGAGUUAGUUGAAUAAAGUGAAGUUUGCUCUGGCUCAACACGGAAACAUGUCGGACCAUCGCCAUUGUUGAUUUUCUUGGCCUUCAAGUUUAAAGGACAGGUAAGGGAGUCAGACGGUGUUUCUCUCACUUCAUAGAAAAUUGCUGUUUUGUUGUUCCAAAGGUAAAUUAUCAGUCUACGGGUUUAUAAAUUUAACUCACCAUGACUUUGUCGUUGGUUUAUUUAAAGACAAUCUUCCUGAAAACAUCUGAAUAUUUAUUCUUUUUUGGGUUUUUUUUAUGUUAUGUGCUGAUAAAUAACAAAGAUGUGUUGUGCUGUUUCCUGUUGUGUUCGCCUCUGUCUGCUAUAAAAUAAAGUCACUGUGGCCUGCAGCAUGCACUAGUGUCGUGGGAUCACAGAGCUUUACUAACCCUGAGAAGCAAAACUAAAAGAAGUUAAAGACGAGUGUCUGCAUUUAUAUUAGUGUAAAUAAAGGGAAAUAGGUUAACAGGUUUUUUAUAGUAUAACAACACUGAUCAGUCUGCUACUCUCAAGCUUUCAUUACAGUGUUCAUGUCAUUGAAUACUGAGGAAAUGAGCAGUAAGACCUCUUUUGUGUUUGUUUUGCAGCUACGUGAAAAAUUGGAGACAAGAGUCCACAGAGAGUCUGUGGAGAAGCCUGUUGAUCUUCUGAAGCACCUAAAACAGUAAGUCAUUAAAUGUGAACUUGAAUAACAGUUAUUGAUUCAAGACAAUGUUGCAAAAACACACAAUGUUUUUUUUUCUGUUUUUGAUUUUUUUUUCCUUUUAACUGCCUCCAUGUCGUCACAUUUGUCUAUUAAAACAGUUUAAUUAAGUUUAGUUUAUUUGUUUGCUCCAUAUUUAAAAACCAAAAACACAAUCGAUGAAUAAUUAACAACAGAGUGCAGAGAGGGAAGGGAAGUCUCAUACAAAGUCCUCUUUUGUCUGAAACGAACAUGAACGGUGAAUCACAGAGUAGGGGAUAAAAACAGCAAAUCCAAUAAUAAUAAAACUAAAUACAUUUAAGGAUUACAAAUAAAAACAUGGAAAAAAGAAAUAAGUAAAAGUAAAAAAUAAGAGUCACUGUAAGUAGCAGAUCACAAUGAGAGAAUGGAGGGCUGAGAUCAGGACAUGAUGAGAAAAUUGAAGUUCAACUUUAAAAACCGUUCAGCAGUAAUGAGUUUCUGAUGACAAAGGCAGGUUAUUCCAAAGUGAGGUGAUGUGAUGUUGGUGUUUGGAUGUACGACAGAAAGAGAGAUGGAGAUAAUUUCUUCUUCUAGUUGGAUAAUUGUGGAUAUAAAAAGACAUGGUAAGAAGGUCAGGGAGAAAUACUGGCUGAUUAUGUUCACAUUUAAGAUAUUUGAAGAUAAAAAUACAUAUUUGGAGAGCAUUUGGUUUAUCUGCAGAUAAAAUGGAGCACUUCUUGAAUAGAAGGGCAGAAGGUUCCUUUGAGUUGGAGUGAGGAAUCUCAAAAACUUCUUGUGUAUGAUGAGCAGCUUAGAAAGUUUGGAAGAACAGGAAGAACCCCAGACAAUGUUACAAUAAUUAAGACAAGCAGAUAUCAAACUAAUACAUUAUGAGUGUCAGUAAAACUUUUAUUACAAUGCCAAAUUUUUUUUCAAUACCAAUUUUUAAUGUCAGUGAUCUUUUUAAGUUAUAAAGUUCAGAGACAACCUUCCCUCAUAUUUAAUGACAUAAUUAAUAACCCUGAUGAUCUCUUUUGGUUUAUUUCUUGACGUGAAUCCUGUUAAUUGUUAAUUUAACGAUGAGGAAUAACCAUGAUGGUGGGCUUUUGUUGCAGAAAUGACUUGACCUCCACGUUAAGUAUGAAGAAAAUGGAGAAAAAGUGGCAACAUGUGGAUGAUUCAGAUUACGACUCUGAUCUAAUGUGAGUGAUUUUAAAAAGGUUGAUCACAAACACACAGAACUGUGAUUUCCAAACCAAGGUACAUACCAAACCAUGACUUUGGUGAACUGCUACACCCCUACUGUCCCUAUGAGAGUAAAAUCAUUUUAUUCUUCAAACAGCAAAUGAACAAAGUUGUGAACACAAAUUUAGCUGUAGGGAUUUAAUGUCACUUUGACAUAUUUAUGGAUUUCAGUAUUGUUUAUAUUGUGAAUAUCUUGAAACAUCUACCCUCAAAAAUUGUUCCAUUUGAAUAACAGCGUCUGUUAAAUGACAUUGAAACAUUUUGGUCCAGGAUCAUAUUUUCUACAAUGGAGUUUGAUUUUCAUGUUUAAAGCCGGGUCAGUCAUUCAACAAGAACAAAAAUAGACCUUUACUAGACUGAUACUCUGAUAGUUUUUCAGCGUCAUGGUGGUUUCAUCACUUUCAUCUCUUCUUCUUUUUCAACCAAGCUCAUCUAAAGGCAGUCAAAUCUCAGGUCCGUCUGAUUUGUCCUUCAAGAGUGACAGAUCAAAAGACUUCAUAAUCACCUUCAGGUAGGAGUUUACGGACAUUUAAGUGCCAUAUUCAUAACAACUAUGUAUGUAUGUGUGUAUCUAUCUAGCUAUAAAAAUAGAUAAUUGCAUAUAAGUUUUUCCUAUAACUGUAUCUCUUCUUGCAGCCAUCUGCUGAUUGAGUCCACGGAGACAACGAGGAAAAUUGCAGAAAGAAAUGAAAAAGCUGUUAUUGAGUACCUCUCAAACAACUGGUCAGUGAAGACUGUGACUUUAUGUUUGAAUUUUAUAUAGUAUAUAUGGACUGAUGCUACAUCAUUAUGUUUGUGCAUUGAGUAGAUGCUGUGGUUUAAUACCUUCUCAAUCUCUCUUUCUCUUGUUCAACCAAAUUCAGUCUCUGUGGCCAAAGGUCAGAUUCAUCUGAUUCAUCCUCUGAGAAGGAUUCAGGAUACGAAGAGCGUAACUCCAAAAAGAAAGGUCAAUGCACCUGUCUCAAGUAAGUGUUUACAAAAACUGAAGUGUCACUGUGGCAGUGACAGUUAAAUUUGUGUGGGGUACAGACACAGUAAAGGACGGGAGUCAUCUUUAAAGAUGGAGCCAGCCAUCCUCUCUGACUGCCAAGUGUUUUCGAGGUUAAGCAAAAACACUUUCUGUCUUCAAACUCACCCAGUAAAUCGAUCUGAUCGAUUUCUGAUCGAUCCAUCAGAAAACAAUUUUGAAUGUCAUUGUCUCAUAUGAAGAAUGAAAUGCAGCCUUCCUCCUUAGACAAAUACUGUACAUAUUAUAAAUCCAAUCUGUUGUGUUCUAUUGGUUUUCCUUUAAUAAAAAUAUUAUAUAUUUUUAGACCAAAAACAUCAUGAUAUUCUACUUCUUGUUGCAGCAAUCCAUUUCUCAAGUCUGCACAGGAAGAAAGGAAAAGUGCUGAAAACUACGCAGCUGAUACUAUGAAGUUCAUUUUACAGAGGUAAUGAGUGAGACAUGUACACGCAAUGUCCAUCAAGUUGUUUUUUUAUCCUGAAUAUAGAGAUAAAAAUAUUUUAAAUCAUACAAAUCUGUUUUUAUUUUUAUCAUCAUCAUGGCAUCCUAACAUUUUGGGUUGUAUAUCUUUUGUGAUGGGUCACACAGUUGACAUGUUAAAUCUUAAUUGUUAUUAUAAGUGGCUCCAAAAAUCUCAUUUUAAAUCAGAUGCAAGAUUUUCUCUGAUACUCCAGGAUUCAGGCUGAUCAAAAUGAGCUUUCUCUGGACUGAUCCUGCUCUGUGGGUUUUGUCCAGCAGUCGUAGAUCUAAAUCUUAAUGAGCUUCUCUUCUCUAAACUCAUCUCUAGAAGCCAGUGCUGGACUUCUGCUGGAUCUGCCUCUCAGAGCGAUCACUCAAAAGAUGACGCGAUCAAUUUUAAGAAGGCAGAAAUGCGCUCUCUGCAGUAAGUGUUGAUCAAACGUUUACUUUUGAAAAAUGACGUUUAUGUGAGUUCAGGACUCACAAACACACAGAGACAGUUUGAGUUAAAGAUGAACUCUUAAUUAAAAGAGUUUGAUGUGAUUCUGAGUUGUUUUUCUAAACUAAACAGCAAGGACCUGCACUCAUCUUUCGUUGUCUGUCCCUCUCUGCUCUUUGUAGAUGCUCAAUUCUGAUUGGCUGGAGCAUUUCCAUUAACUAAAUAUAUUGAACCUCUCAAGUCGUUGCAGUUAAAGAUCAGUUUUUAAAUCAGUGUGAAACAGCCUAGGAUGAGUGACCAUAAUAACAGCCCCAAACUCUGCCAGAGGAAAUAAAGUUAUUCUACACUCUGUUGGGUUUGCUGUUAAUGUUGAAUUUAGUUCUGAUUAAGUGAAUUUCUUGUUGUAGGGAUGAAAACAUGGACAAACAGAAAAUGGAGCAAACAGAGAAAUGGUGUGAAGCAGCUGGUAACACCCAGAUCCAAGCCCAGCCGUGAGUGAAAUGACAUUUAUUUAUUAUUUUUCUGGAAUAGAUUUGAUGAAGUUUUAAACUUUAUUUCAGAUUUAUUAGCACUCUGACAGUCAGGGAGGUUGUAGUUUACUUUAAAGUGUUUAAAGGUUAUAAUACUAAAUUUAUUGUAAAGUGUGUGAAAAAAGGUCCUUUUAUGAGGGACUGAAACAUGUAGACAUGAGCGCCACACAAAACUGAAACCUGGAAGAGAGGGGUAGGCUCACAGAUUUUUGUGUAUCUGUCAUAGAGUUAUCCUCUGGAGUUGAUCCACUGCAGUCUCAUUGAGUUCUUGAUGAGGACUUAAAGAGUUUCCUAUGAUGUUUAACAGCUUAAAGUACUGCAGUAUCAGAGUGUGUGGCAUUGAGUCGUAGGCUUUCUUGUAGUCAGUCCUGGCAGUGCACAGAUUUAAACUUGUAUCCAAACCAAAUAUUUAGUUUGUUCAGAUAAAUAUCCCCGAUGAUGAAGGGUGUAAUUUGUUUGUGAGUCAGCUUAUACUCAAAGAACAACAAAACUUUUGUUGGCUUUUUAUAUUUCAAGUUUGUGUUUUCUGUAGGUGCUGAAGUUGGAUGUCUAACAAUCUGAUCUUUCUCUCUUUCUACCCAAAUCAGUUAUUCAGCUCCUGUAGCUUCUGUCAGUCCAUAUAUGCCGACGUUUGCCAAUAAUUUUGGACCAAGCUCCUCAUCCAGGUAAGCCAUUAUCAACAUUUAGUAAUUGUCUGUCUAUAGACCUGAACACACAGCUUUGGUUAAAUAGAUGACCAUGCGUACGCACAGAUGUGUGUGUAAAGAGUGCGUACGAACAUUCCUGCGCAAAGUCUGGAAUUUAUCAACCUGUACUUGUGCUUAGGAAUGUGCGUAAAUUUAAGCACAACUCUGACCAUGCGUACACACAAAACCUAGUGGUAGGACAGUAAAACUACAAAUGGAACCCAUUAAAGGAGUCACAGCGUUCUGCAAUCUCAAACUUCACACAUGUUCCCGUUGUCUCUAUACAAAAUUUAUCAAUUAGUAAAUUAGCGAGAAACAAAACGCACCAAAGCCAUCCCAGCGCACAUCCAGCUCCUGUCCACCCUAACCCGACACCCUAUACGGCAUUUAUCAACGCUAAGCAGAAUCAUGCCGAAAGAGUUGAAAGCAAUAAUUUUCCGACCUCAAUUUACAUCCAGUUCCCAAACACACAUCAGCAACAAGCCGAAAUAAAACGAGGAUUUCACGCCAUCGCCGGAUUCCCAAACAUAAUUGGAGCCAUAGAUUUCACCCACAGCGCAAUAAAAGCACCUUCACACAAUAAAUUCAGAUUCGUCAACAGGAAAUUUAAUCAAUGCACAAAUAAUAUGAGAUGCACAUUUGUUUCUGUUAAACGUUGUUGCCCGGUGGCCUGGAGUUUAUAUUGUUUAUAUUGUUAAAAUAUCCUGAAACAUCUACCCUCAAAAAUUGUUCCUAUUGGAUAACAGUGUCUGUUAAAUGACAUAGAAACAUUUUGGCCCAGGAUCAUAUUUUCUACAAUGGAGUUUGAUUUUCAUGUUUAAAAAUGAAAACAUGUUAUUCAACGAAAACAAAAGACUGAUAUUCUGGUAGUUUUUCAGCUUUGUGGUGGUUUCAUCACUUUCAUCUCUUCCUUUUUUUCUACCAAGCUCAUCUAAAGGCAGUCAAAUCUCAGGUCCGUCUGGUUUGUCCUUCAAGAGUGACGAGUCAAAAGACUUCUUUAUCACCUUCAGGUAGGAGUUUACCGACAUUGAAAUGCCACAUUCAUAAUGACCAUGUAUGUAUGUGUGCAUCUAUCUAUCUAUACAAAUAGAUAAUUGUAUUUAUAUUUUGUCUGAAACUUUAUCUUUUGUUGCAGCCAGCUACUGAUUGAGGCCACGGAGACAGCGAAGAAAAGUGCAGAAAGAAAUGAAGAAGCUGUUAUUGAGUACCUCUCAAACAACUGGUCAGUGAAGACUGUGACUUGAAGUUUGAAUUUUGUGAAGUGUGUGUAUAUAUACACUACAGGCCAAAAGUUUGGAAACAAGGCCAUUACAGGCCGAACAGUUGGGAGUAACUUCAAGUUUUUGUUCACAAUGCUUUUUUUUAAAUCCAACAUGAGUUUUAUGUAUUUUGGGAUGUAUUUACUCCAUGAUCAGAUGUUGCUUUUAUGGAAAUGCACCAUUUUACUCCAUUUACCUUUAGAUAUACAAUGACGUUAACAGACCAUUGCUAAAUAUAUGUCAGCAAAAGAUAAUAAGGGCUUCGUUUAAGGGUUGAAAACAUUUGCAAGAGUCACAACUUCAGUGCAAAAGCGAAAAAACAAAUCACAGUUGGAUUAUUCACUUCAACUUUUUGGCUUUUGAGAGUCUGCAGACAAAAAUCCUAAUAAAUCUCAACUGCAUUCAAACUACUGCAAAAAUGGCUAGAAAGAAGCAACUGAGUAAAGAAACAAAAGAACAGAUUUGUACAUUAAGGAAAGAAGGAUACAAAGAAAGAGAAAUUGCAAAACGCCUAAAGGUGUUUAACAAAGGAGUCCACUACACUCUGAAGAGACGAGAGGAACCUGGAAGUUAUGAUGAUAGAAAAAGACCUCGACAAAAGAGAGUUACUACAAAAGCAGAGGAUAAACAUAGCAUUGUCACCAGUAAGAGAGAUCGGUGAAAGACAGUGCCACAAAUAAGGGAGGAAAUCAACAUGACAAGGUCGAAACCCAUAUCUCUGACAACUGUGGAAAGACGUUUGAGAAAGGCUGGUCUGAAGGGUUGUGUAUCUGCAAAAAAAAAAACACUACUUAGUCCACAGAACAAGAAAAAGAGAUAUGAGUGGGCAAAAGCUCACAAAAAUUGGACUUAUGAUGACUAGAAACAAGUUUGCACUGUUUGGUUCAAAACACAGAGUCAAUGUCCGCAGACAAACUGGUGAACGUCUGAAAGCACCAUGUGUUACACUCACGAUUCAGCAUGGAGGUGGUAGUUCCAUGGUAUGGGGAUGUUUUGCAGGUGAUAGAGUAGAAAAUUUGUUUGAAGUAAAGGGUAUCAUGAAGAAGGAACAGUACCACUCCAUCCUCCAGCACCAUGCUGCUCCAUCUAGGCUCAGACUUGUGGGUCAUAAGUUUGUUUUGCUGCAAGACAAUGACCCUAAGCACUCUGCCAAGCUCUGUCAGGGUUACCGAGACAAAAAAGAAGAGGAAGGUGUUCUUAAAAAAGACCUUUCUUAGACCUUUCUCCAAUUGAGCUUGUUUGGGAUGAAUUGGAUCGAUCGGUCAGAAAAAUGCGUCCCAUGAAUCAGCAGUCUCUUUUUGAUGAACUUAAGAAAGCUUGGAAUGCAGUCCCUGGAACAUACCUUAAAAAACUUGUGGAACGAAUGCCUGGUAUAUGUCAAGCUGUUGUUAAAGCCAGAGGAGGUUACUUUAAAGAAAGCAAAGUCUAAGCAACAAUAACUCAAAUACCUAAUAAUUAUAGUCAAAAUGUCUUCUGAUAAGUUACUCUUUACACAAUAGUCAUGUUUAUUGUGUUGCAAAGUAUAUUAAUGAAACUAUGAUUUUUUUUUUUGUACAAAUCUGAUCUUGCCUCCAAACUUUUGGCCUGUAGUGUGCGUGCGUGUGUGUGUGUGUGUGUGUGUGUGUGUGUGUGUGUGUGUGUGUGUGUGUGCGUGUGUGUGUGUGCGUGUGUGUGUGUGUGUGUGUUGUAUAUAUAUAUAUAUAGAUAGAGAGAGAGAGAGAUGGAUAUACAGUGGAUAUAAAAGUCUACACACCCCUGUUCAACUGCCAGGUUUUUGUCAUAAAAAUUAAAUCAAGAUAAAUAUUUUCACAACUUCUUCCACCUUUAAUGUGACCUAUAGCCUGUACAAUUCAAAAUAUGAAAUAAAAAAACCAAAAUAACCUGGUUGCAUAAAUAUGCACACCCUUACACUAAUACUUUGUUGCAGCACCUUUGGCUUUUAUUACAGCACUCAGUCUUUUUGGGUAGGAGUCUAGUCUGUGCACACUUAUGGAACCACAUGAUCUCAGUUUUUUAUUUUUACUUCACCUCCUUGAAAGAUUUCUGUUUGUUUUUCAGUUGUGUUGUACAGGUUACAGGUCACAUUAAAUGUGGAAGAAGUUGUGAAAUUAUUUAUCUUGAUUUUAUUUUUAUAUGACAAAAAUCUGGCAGUUGAACAGGGGUGUGUAGACUUUUAUAUCCACUGUAUAUGGAAUGAUGCUACACCUUUAUGUUUGUGUGUAGAGUAGAUGCUGUGGUUUAAUAUCUACUAAAUCUCUCUUUCUCUUGUUUUACCAAAUUCAGUCUCUGUGGCCAAGGGUCAGAUUCAUCUGAUUCAUCCUCUGAGAAGGAUUCAGGAUACGAAGAGCAUAACUCCAAAAAGAAAGGACAAUGCACCUGUCUCAAGUAAGUGUUUACAAAAACUGAAUCUGUUGUGUUCUGUUGGUUUUCCUUUAAUAAAAAUAUUAUACAUUUUUAGACCAAAAACAUCAUGACAUUCUACUUCUUGUUACAGCAACCCACUACUCAAGUCUGCACAGGAAGAAAGGAAAAGAGCUGAAAACUACGCAGUUGAUACUAUGAAGCUCAUUUUACAGAGGUAAUGAGUGAGACAUGUACACGUGAUGUCCAUCAAGUUGUUUUUUAUCCUGAAUAUAGAGAUAAAAAUAUUUUAAAUCAUACAAAUCUGUUUUUAUUUUCAUCAUCAUCAUGGCAGCCUAACAUUUUGGGUUGUAUAUCUAUUAUGAUGGGUCACACAGUUGACAUGUUAAAUCUUAAUUGUUAGUCCAAGUGGCUCAAAAAAUCUCAUUAUGAAUCAGAUGCAAGAUUUUCUGUGAUACUCCAGGAUUCAUACUGAUCAAAAUGAGAUUUCUCUGGACUGAUCCUGCUCUGUGGGUUUUGUCCAGUGGUCGUGGACCUAAAUCUUAAUGAGCUUCUCUUCUCUAAACUCAUCUCUAGAAGCCAGUGCUGGACUUCUGCUGGAUCUGCCUCUAAGAGUGAUCGCUCAAAAGAUGACGCGAUCAAUUUUAAGAAGGCACAAAUGCGCUCUCUGCAGUAAGUGUUGAUCAAAAGUUUACUCUUGAAAAAUGACGUUUAUGUGAGUUCAGGACUCACAAACACACAGAGACAGUUUGAGUUAAAGAUGAACUCUUAAUUAAAAGAGUUUGAUGUGAUCCUGAGUUGUUUUUCUAAACUAAACAGCAAGGACCUGCACUCAUCUUUCGUUGUCUGUCCCUCUCUGCUCUUUGUAGAUGCUCAAUUCUGAUUGGCUGGAGCAUUUCCAUUAACUAAAUAUAUUGAACCUCUCAAGUCGUUGCAAUUAAAGAUCAGUUUUCAAAUCAGUGUGAAACAGCCUAGGAUGAGUGACCAUAAUAACAGCCCCAAAUUCUGCCAGAAGAAAGAAAGUUAUUCUACACUCUGUUGGGUUUGCUGUUAAUGUUGAAUUUAGUUUUAAUGAAGUGAAUUUCUUGUUGUAGGGAUGAAAACAUGGACAAACAGAAAAUGGAGCGAAUAGCGAAAUGGUGUAAAGCAGCUGGUAACACUCAGAUCCAACAAAAGCCGUGAGUGAAAUGACAUUUAUUUAUUAUUUUUCUGGAAUGGAUUUGAUGAAGUUUUAAACUUUUUUUCAGUUUUAUUGUCACUCUGACACUCAGGGAGAUUGUAGUUUACUUUAAAGUGUUUAAAGUUAAUAAUACUAAAUUUAUUGUGAAGUGUGUGAAAAAAGGUCCUUUUAUGAGGGACUGAAACAUGUAGACAUGAGCGCCACACAAAACUGAAACCUGGAAGAGAGGGGUAGGCUCACAGAUUUUUGUGUAUCUGUCAUAGAGUUAUCCUCUGGAGUUGAUCCACUGCAGUCUCAUUGAGUUCAUGAUGAGGACUUAAAGAGUUUCCUAUGAUGUUUAACAGCUCAGAGUACUGCAGUAUCAGUGUGUGUGACAUUGAGUCGUAGGCUUUCUUGUAGUCAGUCCAGGCAGUGCACAGAAUUAAACUUGUAUCUAAACCAAAUAUUUAGUUUGUUCAGAUAAAUAUCCCCUAUGAUGAAGGGUGUAAUUUGUUUGGGAGUCAGCUAAUACUCAAAGAAGAACAAAACUUUUGUUGACCUUUUAUAUUUCAAGUUUGUGUGUUUUCUGUAGGUGCUGAAGUUGGAUGUCUAACAAUCUGAUCUUUCUCUCUUUCUACCCAAAUCAGUAAUCCAGCUCCUUUAGCUCCUCGAGGAAGAUCUAUGCCAACGGUUGCCAAUAAUUUCGGACCAAGCUCCUCAUCUAGGUAAGCCAUUAUCAACAUUUAGAUAUCACUGCAGUAAUUGUCUGUCUGUAGACUUUACACACAUGAGUCAGUUUAUAAUCAUGGAAAAAAACUUUAACAUGUCAAGUUUGUGUGUUUUCUGUAGGUGUUGAAGUUGGAUGUCUAACAAUCUGAUCUUUCUCUCUUUUCUACCCAAAUCAGUUAUUCACCUCCUGUAGCUUCUGUCAGUCCAUAUAUGCCGACGGUUGCCAAUAAUUUCGAACCAAGCUCCUCAUUCAGGUAAGCCAUUAUCAACAUUUAGGUAUCACUGCAGUAAUUGUCUGUCUGUAGACUUGAACACACAGCUUUGGUUAAAUAGACGACCAUGUGAUCAUGAAUAAAACUCAUGUUAAGGAAAUGUCAUGCUGCUCCAGAGAGUCCAGGGGCCUCAUUUAUCAACCAUGCGUACACACAGAUGUGUGUGUAAAGAGUGCGUACGAACAUUCCUGCGCAAAGUCUGGAAUUUAUCAACCUGUACUUGUGCUUAGGAACGUGCGUAAAUUUAAGCACAACUCUGACCAUGCGUACACACAAAACCUAGUGGCCAUCCCAGCGCACAUCCAGCUCCUGUCCACCCUAACCCGACACCCUAUACGGCAUUUAUCAACGCUAAGCAGAAUCAUGCCGAAAGAGUUGAAAGCAAUAAUUUCUCCAACCUCAAUUUACAUCCAGUUCCCAAACACACAUCAGCAACAAGCCGAAAUAAAACGAGGAUUUCACGCCAUCGCCGGAUUCCCAAACAUAAUUGGAGCCAUAGAUUUCACCCACAGCGCAAUAAAAGCACCUUCAUACAAUAAAUUCAGAUUCGUCAACAGGAAAUUCAAUCAAUGCACAAAUAAUCUGCGAUGCACAUUUGAUUCUGUUAAAUGUUGUUGCCCGGUGGCCUGGAGGAACGCACGACUCAUUCAUUCUGCAGAACAGCGCUGUGAGUGUGCACCUCCAGGAGGAGGAAAAACAUUCAUUCACGCAUUUUUAAAGGGAUUGUUGAUGCCAUAUAUGGUCAAUUGGAGGUGUUCCUGAAUGCAAAUAACCCUAACCAUGCACAAGCACGGUAGUAAAGAACAGGUGGGAUUUAUCAUCACCGAUUACUUAUGUGUGUGCGUACGACCGGUGUCCGCACGUUUGAUAAAUGCAGAUUUUUUUGUACUUACGCACAUUCUAAAUUUCAUUCCUACGCCAGAAUUUAGAACCUCUUCCACGCACGUUUAAUAAAUACGGCCCCAGAUCUCUAGUUUUUUGUGAACCUCUGGUCCACCACCUCUUCCUCAUAUUCAGCCUCUGUUAAAGUUUAGUUUCAUCUUUAGUGUUCAGUGUUCAGAGCUUUGAACCCUGUUACACUGAUCUGUUCUCUUACAAAUCCAGUGUAAUUCAAGCACAAAGCCUUGUCUCCUGGUGUGUUUGAAUAACUUUAAAGUGUUGGACACUUGGCAGAUUUUAGAUCCAGUGUUUCAUUUGAAAUUGUCUUUGUUUCUUCUUUGUUCCUCUUCCAGAAAGUUUUGUUGUUGUUAUUGUUUUUAAAUACUGUGAAUACAUGGAUCACAAAAACCACAGGAGCAGGUUUUGGUAAUUCCUUGGAUCAGCUGCCUCUCUGUAUCACUUGCCUUAAAACAAGGGUGGGUCUGUGCUGUCAGCCAUUAAAGUGAUCCUGAGUUUUUUUUCUAAACUAAACAGCAAGGACCUGCACUCAUCUUUUGUCGUCUGUCCCUCUCUGCUCUUUGUAGAUGCUCAAUUCUGAUUGGCUGAAGCAUUUCCAUUAACUAAAUAUAUUAAACUUCUCAAGUUGUUGCAGUUAAAGUUCAGUUUUCAAAUCAGUGUGAAACAGCCUAGGAUGAGUGACCAUAAUAACAGCCCCAAAUUCUGCCAGAAAGUUAUUCUACACUCUGUUGGGUUUGCUGUUAAUGUUGAAUUUAGUUCUGAUUAAAUGAAUUUCUUGUUGUAGGGAUGAAAACAUGGACACAUGGAAAAUGGAGCAAACAGAGGAAUGGUGUGAUGCAGCUGGUAACACUGAGAUCCAACCCCAGCCGUGAGUGAAAUGACAUUUAUUCAAUUAAUGACUUUUCUGGAAUGGAUUUGAUGAAGUUUUAAACUUUAUUUCAGUUUUAUUGUCACUCUGACAGUCAGGGAGGUUAUAUUUAAAUAUUAAACUUAUUGUAAAGUGUGUGAAAAAAGGUCCUUUUAUGAGGGACUGAAACAUGUAGACAUGAGCGCCACACAAAACUGAAACCUGGAAGAGAGGGGUAGGCUCACAGAUUUUUGUGUAUCUGUCAUAGAGUUAUCCUCUGGAGUUGAUCCACUGCAGUCUCAUUGAGUUCUUGAUGAGGACUUAAAGAGUUUCCUAUGAUGUUUAACAGCUCAAAGUACUGCAGUAUCAGUGUGUGUGGCAUUGAGUCGUAGGUUUUCUUGUAGUCAGUCUAGGCAGUUCACAGAUUUAAACUUGUAUCUAAACCAAAUAUUUAGUUUGUUCAGAAAAAUAUCCCCGAUGAUGAAGGGUGUAAUUUGUUUGUGAGUCAGCUAAUACUCAAAGAACAACAAAACUUUUAUCGUCCUUUUAUAUUUCAAGUUUGUGUUUUCUGUAGGUGCUGAAGUUGGAUGUCUAACAAUCUGAUCUUUCUCUCUUUCUACCCAAAUUAGUAAUUCUGCUACUGCAGCUCCUCAAAUACCGUGUGUCCCACUUGUUGCCAAUAAUUUCGGACCAAACCCCUCAUCCAUGUAAGUCAUUAUCAACAUUCAGAUAUCAUGGCAGUAGUAGUUCGUCAGGAAACUUAAGACACAUUAGUCAGCUUAUUCUCAAAGAGCAAAACUUUUAUCGGCCUUUUAUAAUUCAAGUUUGUGUUUUCUGUAGGUGCUGAAUGUAUAUCUAACAAUCUGAUCUUUCUCUCUUUUCUACUCAAAUCAGUUAUUCAGCUCCCGGACCUCCUCAUAGACUAUAUAUGCCACCGUUUGCCAAAAAUUCAGGACUGAGCUCAGCAUACUUGUAAGCCCUUAUCAACAUUAAUUUAUUGUGGCAGAAAUAGUUUGUUGGCAGACUUCAAACACAUUGUGUUACCUCUUUCCCAAUGCAGCUAG